AUUUGAUCAUUUCCGGUAAGGAAGUUGUCCGAUCAAAACAAAUGUUAGCUCGUCGUUGAGACAUUUUACAACUUUGAAUGACUUUUCAAACUCUUUGACUUGUAGAGGUUUCGCAGUUACUUGUCAACAAUCUGUGUAUCCAUGGAGACGCCAGAGCCAGGCCCAGCAGAUGGAGAGGAGCGUCUGGUGGAGCUGCGUCCUCGGACACGCUCCAACCCCGAAGGUGCUGAGGACCGUCGUAGCAGUACGGGCAGCCUUGGCGGAAACAGUAACCCCAACAUAUCUCAGCCCGCUGUGGGAAGUCGUGUUGAGGGCGAGGGUGAGGCUUCAACCAGCGAAAGUCCUCCCAGUUCCACCACCACAACCGUCUCAGCAGCUGCAGCUCAGACUGUAGCCCCUGUUGCAGUUGCAGCGGCAGUAGCAGCAGCUGCAGCCAGCUCUCCGGUGCCACUAUCCACUGCUUCUGUUGCAGCCAAAGAAAGGCCGAAGCCCACACAGCAGCAGCCCACACUGACAACCCCCAUCCCUCCACCAGCAGAGUACCAGCUCAGAGUCCCUCGUGUCAACUGUCCAGAGAAAGUGAUCAUCUGCUUAGACCUCUCUGAAGAGAUGUCUUUGCCAAAGUUGGAGUCUUUUAAUGGGUCUAAAACGAAUGCCCUGAACAUUUCUCAGAAGAUGAUUGAGAUGUUUGUCAGAACUAAACACAAGAUUGACAAACGCCAUGAGUUUGCCCUUGUAGUAGUCAAUGACGACGCUCUUUGGUUGUCAGGCUUCACCUCUGACCCCAGGGAGCUGUGCAGCUGUCUGUAUGACCUUGAGACGAAUGUGUGCGAGACCUUCAACUUGGAAGAUCUUCUUAAUGUAAUUCGUCAGAAGAUCGAGCUGCCAUCGAUGGACAAUGUUCAGACCAUCCCUCCUCCAUAUGUGGUGCGGACGGUGCUCAUCUAUAGUCGUCAUGCUGGACAGCUUCAGUUCAACCCUUCAGAGACUGUUAGUAAAAUGCUGCAGUCUCCAUAUUUCUUCUUCGAUGUGGUCUACCUACACAACGGGGUAGAGGAGCAGGGGGAUGAAACCAGCUGGAGGGACAACUAUACCUCUUUCUGCAACCUGGACUCAAAGGGCAUGUGCUAUCGCUUUGAGGUUUCCCUGGGCGGCCCCGCCAUCGAGCUGCACAACUGCAUGGCCAAACUUCUUGCUCACCCUUUGCAAAGACCUUUCCAGAGCCACGCGUCUUACAGCCUGCUGGAGGGGGAAGACCCCCAGGACAUUGAGGCAACAGUGUAAAACUGGACACACCCAUAACUCCCUGUUUCUCUGUGAAAUUCACACACUGUAGUUUAUUAGGAAGAGCAAGUGGUUUUCCAAAUACACCUUAUUACCGAGAGUUCUUUCCAUUACCUGCUGAAGAGCAAUAAUUUGUAGGAAUAUUUGGGAAAACCAGGCGUGGUUCUAAAGAGACAUGAAGGUUUCAGCAGGUUUCCAUUAACUCAGUGUUUCUAUAAAAGAAUAAUGAGUCAUCCAUUGUUGUAAGCGGAAGUAAUAAAAUGAUGCGGCCGUUAGCUGUAAACCUACUGGAGCCAUCCUGGGGAUGAGUAAGUGGAAGUCAACAGAGAUCAGGAGCAGGACAGGAGGAGAGGAAGAUUAAGAUCGAAUAAAAAGAAGAUGGUUAAAGCAUCAGGCUUUGUUAAACUCGCUCCCUCACCAUUUGUUUUCUCUUUCAAAUCAUAGACCGCACUGAUCUGUCUCUAAGUCUUAAAUGGUGAAAUCAAAGCAAGCCUGUGACAGUUUUCUAUAACUGGCCUUUUGACUCUUUGAAGUAAUGAUGUACUGUAUCACAGAGGUCAGAACGUCUGUAAUAUUGCCUUGCCUUUUUGUUAGUUUCCACUCUUUGUUGCCUGUUUUGAUGUAUUUUCUAUUUUAUAAGGGGUUGAUUUCAAUCUUUAGUUGAUUUGUCACUAUUUUAUGUUACACAGACAAUGAAAGAAUGUACAAUAAUGUACACUGAACAAAAAUUUAAACGUAUAACAUUUGUUUUAACUCCUAUCUUUAAAAGAUUUAUGUUAAAUCGCUAAGACAUUUUUCAUCCACUCAGUAUAUUUCUUGAUGUAUUUCUCUCGAGCACUUCACCCUUUCCAUGAUAAUCCAUCCACCUGACAGGUGUCGCAUAUGAAGAUGCUGCUUAAACAGCAUCCUUACUACACAGGUGUGCCUUGGGGUGGUCACAAUAAAAGGCCACUUUAAAAUGUUUAGUUUGAUCACACAACACAAUGUCAAAGAUGUCACAAGUUUUGAGGGAGUGUGUCAUUGGAAUGCUGACGGCAGGGAUGUCCCUUAGAGCUGUUGCCUGCCAACUGUAUGUUCAUUUUACCAUUAUCAGCCGUCUCUGGUGUUGUAUUCAGUAAUUUGGCAGUACAUCCAACCAGCCUCACAACCACAGACCACAUUAACAACACCAGCUUAGGACCUGCACAUCCAGCAUCUUCAUCUUCUGAAUAAAGAUGUCUGAUCGUUUGAGACCAGCCACUGAAACAGCUGUUUGCGUAACUGGAGAAUUUCUGCACAAACCGUCAGAAACCGUCUCAAGGAAUCUCAUCUGCAUGCUCAUCAUCCCUGAAAAGGGUCAUGACCUGACAGCACUUUGUCAUCGUAACUGACUUCUGCAGUUGUGAGGCUGGUUGGAUGUACUGCCAAAUUCACUGAAAAGUCAUUGGAGACAACUUAUAGUAGUGAAAUGAACAGUUCUCAGGUAACAGCUCUGGUGGACAUUCCUGCAGUCAGCAUGCUAAUGUCAUGCUCCCUCAAAACUUGUGACAUCUGUGUUAUGAUGUAGUGGGAUCAAACUGCACAUUUUAGAGUGUCAUUUUCCUGUGACCAUCCCAAGGUACACCUGAAUGAAGCUGUUUAAUCAGCAUCUUGAUAUGUGACACCUGUCAAGUGGAUGGAUUAUCACAGAAAGGAGAAGUGCUCACUAACACAAGUUAUGACAAAUUUGUGAAUGAAAUUUGAGAGAAAUAUAUCUAUUGAAUAAAUAAAAAAGUCUUGGAUCUUUAACUUAAACCUGUAAAAAAUUGGAGCAAACAAACAGAAGUGUCUUUAAAUUUUUGGUCAGUGUAGCAGUGGUUUCUCUUGACUGAUUUCUGUAGCAUUAACAGACUUGUGAAAAAGGCACCUCAUACUGCCAGUUUAACUGCACUUGAAACACAUUGUACAGAUGAGCUUUUUGAAGCUGUUUCUGGAUAUUAAAAAACGGCAUGUGGAAUCAUA